GCAGGCCCUCUCUUACUUUCGAUUUACACUUCCUCCUUUGAGCACGUCAUUUGAAAGUAAGUGCGAAGUAUCUGCUAAGUUGGAGCUAUGAAAAAAAACAUUUGAUCGGAUGGUAAAGUAGUCUAAAAUCAUCUGAAACAAAUCGAGUAUGCUGAAGUGGACAACAUAGCCUAUAUCCAGUGCGGGUACACCAGCUGAAAACUGGUCUCAGAAAGAAAAAGAAAUGGACUUCCAGAAGCUCCAAUUGGAUGUAGGGAAGGCCCUGAGUCAGGAAGAGGUGAAAGCUUUAGCAUUUCUUUGCACUGACCUCCUGGGCCUAAAAGUGACCUCAGUGGGGUCGGCCAGUGACCUCUUCUCUCGCAUGGUGGAACAAGACCUCCUCUCUGCUGAGAAACCACACCUGCUGACCGAGCUUCUCCUCAUCAUUCAACGCACACGUCUGAUCCGAGACCUCAGGCUUACCGAAUCUACAACCAAGAACCUCAUCUCUUCAUACAGGAAGCUGCUCUACAACCUGUCUGAAGAUAUAACUGAUGCUAACUUGAAAGACAUAAAGUUCUUGUUGAAAGGACAGCUGUCUCGUAGACAACUAGAGGACAACGUGACUACUCUGGAGGUUUUCCUCGAGAUGGAGCACAAGGACCUCAUAAACGACACCAAUCUAAACUUACUGGAGAAGUUGCUUCAGACAUGCUGUCCUGUAUUGACUGAAGAGAUCAACAGGUACAAAGAACAGCAGGCAUCACUUCACAGCAGCCAUAUUGCUCAAGAAACAGGCCGACCCAGAUCUAUUUCUUGCCCUCCUGAGCCAAACCAGAACCAGUGCCUUCCAUUUUCCCAUCCUGAGAGGUGCAGGUCAACUGACUUUUCAGAUCCACCACCACUACCAGAGUCUACCAUGAGUCCUUCCAACACGUCUGUGGAUGAAUAUCUGUCCCUGUCACUGAGCAGAUUAAGCACUACAAGAAGCAGCUCCCCCUCCUCCAACGUGGGAAGUGAUGCUUCUGUAAUAUCGCCAUCUCAACUAAACGAGAACUCCUCUCAACAACAGACUGCUCAAACUACAAAUACAAACACAGAGGAUUUGGGAUCAUAUCCCAUGACUGCAGCGAAGAGAGGACUCUGUUUGAUAAUAAACAACAACAACUUCUCUGAAUCCAAACAACGCCUCCAGAUGCGAGAGGGGACCAUGGUGGAUGAAGAGCGCUUAACCAAAGUGUUCGAGUGGCUCGCCUUCCAUGUGGUGAUAGAGAGGGACUGUGAUCGAAAGAAGAUGCUGUGUCUGGUUCAGAACCUUGGCAAAGAAGACCACCAUGACGUGGACUGUCUGGUGUGCUGCGUGCUGAGCCACGGCGAGCAGGAUGGCGUGUACGGUGUGGACGGACUCACCGUAACUCUGAACGAGCUGAAGGAACCUUUCAAUGGGUCAAAGUGCCCCUCUUUGACAGAAAAACCCAAGCUGUUCUUCAUCCAGGCCUGUCAGGGCGUGAGCCGGCAGGAGCCCGUCUACAUCGAGUCUGAUGGCCAUGACUCCAUCCCAUCUGAAGCAGACUUCCUGCUGGCCAUGGCCACUGUGCCUUCUUAUGUGUCUUUCAGAGAGAGGUCAAAUGGCACAUGGUUCAUUCAGGCUUUGUGCCAAAACCUCAUCCAGAUGGUGCCAAAGGGACUCGACCUCAUGUCUAUCCUGACAAAGGUGAAUGCAGAUGUGAGCAGAAAGACUGACAACACUGGCCAGAAAAAGCAGAUGCCUCAACCUGCCUUUACACUUCGGAAGAAAGUGGUCUUUCCAAUCCCCAAAGCCCCUCCUCCCAGCCUCAAAAGUUUGAUCAACUCACACAACAAAUGAUUCUUUCAUGUUUUUGUAUUAUAUUCUCAGCUUUAAGUCUUCUGGGUAUUAUCUUUAACAAUAUUCAUAGCAAUAAAUCAGCCCGCUCAUGUGUUCAUAAAGAACUAUGAUAUUCUUAAAUCUUGGAAAACAUUUUAAACUGGACUCUAAAAUUAAGAUUAUUAUGUCACAAUUUUGUUUACAAUUUACAUGAAAUUAUGUGCACAAAAUGUUCACCAAAGGUCCAUAUAUCUCUCCAUUUAAAGCCGGAACAAUAUUAUUGAUUUUACACGAUUUUUAAUGAACUAUUUUAUAUAAGAUGUCUAUCAAAUUAGAUGUACUUUUUAAACUGUUAUGUUGUACAUAUAAGCCACAUUUUCAUGUUACCAUUACCAAGCAGGUUUACUCUAACACAUGUGAAUGUAUAUGUGUGUCCAUUGUCAAGACAAUAACAAACAAUAAAUGUAAGGCCUGCCAUUUUAAAAGUA